UCAAAGGAGCGUCUCUAACUCUUAUUACGCCCCGCCGCGUCCCCGCCUUCAAAGUAUUCGUUUUUACAGCCACCAACAAACAAGGCUUUUUGCAGUUUCAACUAUUUGUUGACACAACAAAAGAAAAAAGAAUGUCGGGUUUCGGGUUGUCACAUUUGGUGAAUGUCAAGAACGAUGCCGUUUUACGGAAGUUAUGGGGUCACGAUUUGAGCUUUGUUAGAAAUAGUAGUAGAAGAUUUGUUUUCUCAGUGAAGAAGAAACCAAAGCCAGUAACUUUAAGCUUGUCUCAACGACCUGAGGUAGAGCCUCAAUCUGGUGCGGCAACCAGUAUAGUAAGUAAGAAAAGUAGUGAGAGUAGUAUUAGGACAGAAGAAGUUAGGAUUUUGGGAAGUGAUGAGGAAGCUAAAAUCGAUGAAGGAAACAGUGGGGGAUUUUUUGACGGGAAUGAUGGAAAUGGCAAGUUCAAUAAUGGCGGUGGCGGAGGAGGAGGCAGCGGUGGCGCCGGCAGUGACGGUGAAAAGGGUGAUCCAGAAGAGGAAGAGUUUGGGCCAAUAAUGAAAUUUGAGGAAGUUAUGAAGGAGUCAAAUGCUAGAGGGGCUACGCUUCCUUCAGACAUGUUGGAGGCAGCAAAAAGUGCUGGGAUUCGUAAAUUGCUACUCCUCCGAUAUUUGGAUUUGCAGGGAUCAAGUUGGCCUCUAGGAUUUGCGAUGAAGUCAUGGGGAAUGCUUCGAAACCGGAUGUUGGCCGACCCGUCUUUUCUUUUCAAGAUUGGAACUGAGAUAGUCAUUGAUUCUUGCUGUGCCACCCUUGCGGAAGUUCAAAAGAGGGGCAAGGAUUUCUGGGCCGAAUUUGAGUUGUAUCUUGCUGAUCUUUUGGUUGGAGUGGUGGUGAAUAUUGCUUUAGUUGGCAUGCUGGCUCCAUAUGUACGUAUCGGGCAACCAUCUAUAUCGAAAGGGUUCCUUGGGCGUGUGCAACGUGCUUAUGGAGCUCUCCCUAGCAGUGUGUUUGAAGCGGAAAGACCUGGUUGUAGAUUUACGGUAAACCAGAGAAUUGGUACAUACUUUUACAAAGGAGUCCUUUAUGGAUCGGUUGGAUUUGCAUGUGGCAUCAUAGGCCAAGGAAUCGCAAAUUUGAUAAUGACAUCCCUCAGGAGCGUGAAAAAGUCGGAAGAGGACAUACCUGUGCCACCUCUUCUGAAGAGUGCAGCUCUCUGGGGUGUUUUUCUUGCAGUUUCCUCGAAUACUCGUUAUCAGAUCAUCAACGGAUUGGAACAGUUGGUGGAGGCCUCACCUUUGGCUAAGCAGGUUCCACCGGUUGCAAUGGCUUUCACAGUCGGUGUCCGAUUUGCAAACAAUAUUUAUGGUGGGAUGCAGUUUGUAGAUUGGGCAAAAUGGAGUGGAGUGCAGUAAACUGAAACUAUAUUUUGUUAUAAAGAUCCCUUAACCAUUUGGGAAAUGAUAAUGGAUGUUAAACAUGAAUGUUUUAG